UCCUUUCCCCGAUUGAUGACGUGCAAUUGCAGAUCGAGGGGCAGUGACUGUUGCAAAACGAAAAGGAUUUCGCAAGUGGGCUAAUGAUGAUAGGCAGCGGGAGUGUUGCCGCACGGGGUUCCCUAUAUUCCAUCGCACAGUCUGAGGAAGAGAGCUGCGUGGAGAAGUUGGUGGACUGAAUGUAAGACGCCGGUGUGCCUUGUGUUUCUCAAAAGUUUUGUUUGUUUAUCCAGUCACUGAUUUAUUGACUAUAUUGGUUGUUUGUGAGUGUGUACGCUCUACAAAAAGUGUAUCGAUUGACGACCUGGCCGACGAAUUAUCUUGUUUCCAAAAGGAGUUUAGUAGUGGAUUACUAUUCACUUAAGUAUCGCAGCGUUCGCCAUCAUGAAGAUCUUGACAUUAAUCAUUCUGAUAUGUGGAGCCGUGGCUUCCGCCAGCAGGCUGAAGCAGUCUCCGAGAGGGAGAGGCAGCGCCCAGGCCAUUCAGGACGCUAAUAGGCGUAACGACCAUUCGGGUUCAUCUUCACUCUCUCGCGAGGAGGAGCCCAGCGGGCCCAUACCCGACGGACAGCCAGAGCGAGAAGAGCCUCCCACCAGCAUCGCCGCCGCAGAGUCCAAGAAGAAGGUCACCACCGACCGAGAGAUCGUGGCGAAGAUCUUCAAGCUCUUCAAGUACCCUUUCGGCAACACCGUCAUUGUCAUCAUCACAAUGGUCGCCGUGACCUUGGCCCUGGUCGGCCUUCUCAAGAAGGAACAGGAUCUGGACGCAUUCAACGAGGCAGAAGACUUGGAGACGGAAACCUACUACAACCAGUACCAAGACUACUACAACAGCUAUAAUCAUUACAACUACAAUCCCAGCAAAUACGCUCCCAACAACUACAGUCCCAACAACUACAAUCCCAACUACGGAUACAGGAGUUCAAAGUCCCCUUUCAACUUUUCUUACAGAGGAAUGGUUGACCUCGCUCAGAAAGUUUACGCGGCGCUUCAGAAGGAAUAUUAAGGCCCAGCUUCCUCGGCUUCGGAUUCCCCAUCCGAAUGCUAAUGGCAGUCGUGUCACUGGACUUCUUGCCUGAGCGAGAGAGGAUCUACGAUGACUGAUGCUGGGAGGAACAUAGACAAGAACAAAUACACAGCAAUAAUGGUCCCAAAUUUUCACCCUAAAAUGUCUCAGUAAUUUGUAUUUGGGAAACAUGUUGACUCUAUUUUGUAACUUUGCAAUCAGACGUCAUUCCGUAUAUUUGAUUUAUGAGAUUUAGUAUCAUCUGCAUUUGAAUGUCGGGAUGAGUCUAUUUUCUAAUUCUUAUUCGUGGAAGAUCAUAAGGCACGCCUGAUUUAUAAGACGAAUAUCUGCUCAGUCUACGUUUGAAACAUAUUAUUGGUCAUCAAGUAUAUUCCUUUUAUGAGGCGUGCAUUUUAAUUUCUACUGAGGAUGACCUCCUGUCAAAGAACUCUACGUCAGACGAAUUUCCUCCGAACUGUCACUUCCUACUUCUACAUAAUUCUUGCUUUCCAUUAUUUGCUCGUAGAAGAGCACAAGUCUUGUGCCUACUUUUGCAAGCAGUGUUCACCUUUUACCUAAUUAACUUGACUGGCCAGUAUGCCGGACUAGGAAAGAGCCCAGUUGAAUUCGUUCUUCCUGAUCUGGUUUUAGCUAUAGUAUUGUUCUAGAUUUAUUAAGGAACGCAAGGUUGAUUCUCCCAGGAGAGAUUAGUUUCUCAAAUGGCACAACAAAAAUAAUAACCUUCUUGAGUUAUGCUUAUAAACGUUCACUGACUUUAUUGAUAAGUACAUUUCUUCUAUUCUUCGCGUAGGAAAUAUAAUUCAUGUAAUUCUUAAUAUCGAAGUUGAUCUAAUCUCCUUCAUAGUGGAUAGGUGUUCCCUCACAUAAUAAAAAAGACAGGAUAUCAAAGCCCCACCUAAAUGCUCUUGAUUUAUACUAUUUAUUUCACUUUUAUAUACUAUUUAUUUGCUUUAGCUUUGCAGGGCGUUUUUAGACACUGCUUUACUUUUAUAAAAGAACAGCAGUAUAUAAUUGUAAGUUUAACCACACUACAGCACACUCUGACUGAUCAUUUGUCUGAUGGUCUCUUGUACUGUUGUUAUCUCUGAAGGUUUUCUAUUACCGAAAGCUUGCUAUCAAUAUUACAAUACUCAGGAAAUAACAAUUCACUAAAUUUUUAAAAAAAUCAGUUUUGAUGUAUUGCUCUGAAAAUAAAUGACAUUUCGACCA